AUGCACCUCUCCGAUCUCUCAUGUCCAUCGGAUUUUGAUGUGAUUGGUCUCACCGAGACCUUUUUACAACAUGAGUGGAAGCAGUUGCCUUUCGGUUUCUCGGAUUUCUGCCCGGUUUGGUCUCCUGCUGUCAAAGUUUCAGCCAUGGGGAGGGCCAGUGGCAGCCUGGUGGUGCUUAUGCUGAGGGACAGAAGCCAGAAAUGGUCUGACAGGGAGAGGAUUCUGGAUGCGAGUCAGGCUGGGUUCAGGCCGGGCAGGGGAUGCUUGGAUCAGAUUUUUGUUCUAACCAGUGCAAUUCAAUUGCAGCUAAGACUCGGUUCUAGAAAAGUUUUUAGUGUGUUCGUCGAUUUUCGGAGGGUGUUUGAUUCGGUCCCUCAUGUGAAACUCAGGUCCAAGCUGCUCUCGCUUGGUCUGAGCCCUAAGAUUGUUAAAAUUGUAAAAUCUCUUUAUGACUGUGCCGCAAUUAGAGUCAAGUCUGGGGGUUCAUUAACCAAUGAGAUUCCGGUGGCCGAGGGUGUUCUCCAGGAUUUGGAAAAAUAUCUCAGGAAUUUGGGCUUCAAGGGAGUGAAUAUUAAUGGGCGUGAUGAUGUACUUCUUUUACUUUAUGCGGACGACUUAGUAGUGUUGACUGAAAGCGAGAUCAUGCUUCAGAAGAUUUUAGAUGCCUCACAUUGUUACUGCCUCGAGAAUGACCUCACCGUCAAUUCUGAUAAAACUAAAGCUAUGGUAUUCAGAGAGGGUGGUAAGCUAAGUCCUUCCUUAAAGUUCUUUUACGACGGAAAAGCCUUGGAGAUUGUUUCAAAGUAUACGUAUCUGGGUGUUCUUUUCAGUAGCUCGUCCCUGGGUUCUCUCGCGGCUCGAGAGGCGGUUUGUAAAGCUAAGCAAGCCAACAGCACAGUAUUAAGCCUUCGCUCUGGUGGUAAAUGUGACUCCUGGUCUUGUAUGUUGAAGUUGUUUGAAUCCAUAUCCAAGCCGACCCUUCUCUAUGCGUGUCCCGUCUGA